UUUUAAAACUCAGAAGCCACUGAACAUGCGUGUCUCCUCAAACCUUUGAUGAAGCUCAGUCAGACCAGAGCUACAUUCUGUCAUGCUCCUCCGGUGCGCUAGGUGGCAGCAUAGACCCCAAGGAAAAGCAAGGGGCUGCAGUUUAACGUCGUAUUUCUGUUUUACCACCAAGAAAACAGUUUAAAACCUGCAGAUUUUCGUCUCGCUUUAAACAUCUCCGUCCGCAUCAUGUCCAGCAUCCAGCUCCUCCGGGUGCUGGUUAACGAGCGGCUCUCCGCGGCCGCAGACGAGAUCUUCGAGGUGGUGAGGAAAACCAUCUCGGGCUACGAGGAGGAGCUGCUGCUCUCCAAACAGGAACUCUACCGGCAGCGUCGGAUGCUCCAGGGGGUGGCCGAGUCUCGAGCUAGCCAAGGUGGACACCCAGAUGAACCCCAGUUGACCUUGUGUGUCUGGGAUGAGGACUUUUCCUCAGAUCAUCAGCAGAAAGAAGAGCGCCAAGAGCCAGACUGGAGCUCGGAUUCAAACCGGGAUCCCUCAAGUCCCUGUGGGAGGAGUCAGGAACUGGAGGAGAGCAGCAUCAUCAAGGUCAACAUUACGCCUCCUUAUGUGAGGAACGUCAUCAGUCCAACGGGCUUCAGCGAGGCGGUUGUCAAAGAGGAAGAAGAGGAUCCUCUGCCGAGCACCUCGACCCAGCAGGAUGUGGCUGAUGGAGACCCCACAAGUUGCAGUGAGGCUGACAGUGAAGAGGAGUGGAGGGCCAACUCCAAAUCCCACAGCCAGAGUAGCAGCAAGAAGAAGAAGAAGAAGGCAAAGAAGAAGGUUCCUCGUCCCCCAGUGGCCCCCAAACUGAACCCGACCAAAAAGAACAAGUCUCAGAUCUGUUGCAAAGUCUGUGGUAGAGCCUUCCUCCUCACCGUGUCUCUGGUGAACCACAUGGAAGCUCACUCCAAGGACAUCUGCGGGGUGUGCGGGGAACACUUCAACAGCGAGGAGAGCUUCGACGCCCACCUGAAAACGCACGUGAAGGCAGAAAGCUGCAGCAUUUGUGGGAAGUGUUUCACGAGCUGCAGCGGUUUAGAGAUCCACAUGAGGAUCCACACUGGAGAGAAGCCGUUCAUCUGCAGCGAGUGCGGGAAGUGCUUCACCACCCGAGCCAACAUGGUGCGGCACGUCCGCAUCCACACCGGGGAAAGGCCGUACACCUGCACAGUGUGCAGCAGAAGCUUCAACGACUACACCACCCUGAAACGCCACCUGUUCGUCCACUCCGUGAAGAACAGCAGCCUCGGGGAGUCUUCGCGUGAAAACGGUGACCGGAAGAGUUCAUCUGUUAGAAAACCGCGAGCCGUGUGUAAGGUGUGCAGUAUGACGUUCCACUCCGUGCUUUCCCUGUUGAAUCACGGCAAACAACACGAGACGGACCUCUGCUGCGUGUGUGGGAAUAAUUUCAAUUCACCGGAAAGCCUUGCAGUUCACCUGGACACUCACAAAAACGGGAAGGUGUGCGAGGUGUGCGGGAAGUGUUUCGACAGCCAGGGACACCUGGAGAUCCACAUGAGGAUCCACACUGGAGAGAAGCCUUUCGUCUGCACUGAGUGCGGGAAAUCCUUCACCACCCGACCCCACCUGGUGCGGCACAGCAGGAUCCACACUGGGGAGCGGCCGUACACCUGCAACUUCUGCAACAAAAGCUUCAACGACUACACCACUCACAAGCGCCACCUACUGAUCCACAUCAAAGACUGCAGUCCAGGAAGCCCUUUUGCAGCUCCAAGUGACGACAAGGAGACCGGUUCAACUCCCAAACGUCCACAGGUGACAUGUAAGGUUUGUGGGGUGACCUUCCGCUCCACGAUUUCUUUGGUCAAUCAUGCCAAAAGCCACGCCUCAGAGCUCUGCGGUGUCUGCGGCAAUCAGUUCGACUCCGAGCAAAACCUCAAACUUCACCUGAAAACUCACAUCAGCAGGAGGGUGUGCGACGUGUGCGGGAAGUGCUUCGACUCUCAGGGCCACCUGAAGGUGCACCUGAGGGUCCACACGGGGGAGAAGCCUUUCGCCUGCAGCGAGUGUGGGAAGUCCUUCAACUUCCGGCAGAACAUGCUGCGACACGCCAGGGGCCACACGGGAGAGAAGCCGUACGUGUGCACGGUGUGCGGCCGUGGUUUCAGUGACCGCAGCUUUCUGACGCAGCACCGGAACACGCACACCGGAGAGAAACGGCACCGCUGCCAGGUGUGCGGAAAAACCUUCAACCGGAAGACCUACGUCAGGCUCCACAUGAUGAAGAUCCACACCUCAGACAAGUCUCGGAAAAAGCUGGAAGAUUAAAAUGUUCGACUCCCAAAACUGACAAAACUUCAGAUUGGAUUUCAAGCAUGAAUCCAACAGAACAGUUUAGUGAGUUUAUGAACCUCUAUUGUGUGUACAUUACUGAUAGUAUGUUAAUAAUUAUGAUAAUUGGUAAAAAUGUGUCUAAAGCCGCAGAACAUAAGAAUGAAGUUAUUGAGGAAAUCCCACAUUUCUUCUUGAAAGGAUUGAAGUUUUUUCUGUUAAACCAGGCAAAGAUACGGUGUCGCCCUCUAGUGGUGGACUGGCCAAGACCAGCACACGGUCAUGUGGGGUAAAAAUAAGAAACAAAAAUAUCCAAAGAUGUAAAAACGUCUACAAGACAGAACUGUUGUUGUGGAUCAGGAUCAUAGAGACUGAUCCACGAAUCUUCCCUUUUUAGGGAGGCCCGGUUCUGCCUUAAAGAGUAGGUGAGGAGCUGCUCCUUCUCUGCAUUGAAGGGAGUCCGUUUAAGUGGUUCCAGCCUCAGGAAGCCGCCUUUUAGAGGUUUUCUGGGCAUUCCCUCGGAAGGAGACUCCUGGGCAGAACCAGAACUUUGAUCUAAUGACCAUAAAUUCCUUCUGGCUUGGGAUCCCCUAAAUGAGCUGGAUCUGAUGUGAUUUUUGGAUGAACGGUCGAGGCUUAAAACAGUGUGCUGGGUCCCUGGAACCUCUUUUCCUCUGUGGCCUCCAUUAGCCGGCAGAAAGUGAUUACAAAGGGACACUAAAUGAACAAGUUGAACACUGUGCCCAGAAAUGUGCUGAAUCUAUAAAACCGCUCGCUCACCCUGUCUUCAGCACCAGAAAAAUUCAAAUCCUACCGUCAGGGUUCUCCUGGCAUAUCUUAUUAUCACCGGAUGAUUCAACGUUAAUUCCCCCUUGAGCAAACGGAUACAUUCCUGCACUAGUAAACGCCAACCAGCAGGGGACUCUGAGUAGAGCCGCUGCUGCUCCUCAUCGAAGGGAGUCCAUUUAGGUGGUUCAGGUCGUGUCUUUUUCCAGGUUUUCCAGCCUAUUAAAGUUUUCUGAAAUAUGA